AGAGAGAGAGAGACUGGUCCGCACCAUUAGCAUGUAUUUCUCCUAAAGGUGACAUUGUUUUCUUAGUGUGCUCAAAGGAAGGCGACAACUCUAUCCAUAAUGUAUCAGAUAGGCAUGAACAUUUUCAUUAACAUUUCAGUUUUCAAACCAAUAGUUAAAUGUACACUGACCUGUAAGCUACUGUAAUGUACAAUGCAAAUAAGUCAGCCUAUGUGUACACGUAGAGUUUGCAGUGGCCUAAAAUCCUGUUAACACCAUCAACGAAGGAAGGAAGGAAGGAGGCAACAGUUCGUCGGGUGGGCGUGAUUAAUAAUGUUGUCGUUACUGUGUUUAGUCUUUGUUUAUAUUGCGGUGGUGAGCAAACAAGGCAUUUCAUCCGAACCGCAGUGCUUAUACGUGAAGGAGCUAUACUUUUUUUCUAAUAUUAUGUCUCAUUAAUAUGAUAGUGUAAAAUGUGUUUGUUAACGAAAGCUGAUAAACCUUCAAGACACUCCAUCACUAUAUAGUGAGACGCGAGCAACACCUAAAGUUCAUGAAAGCUUCUAAGUGUGUGUGGGAAACAUACAGAUACACAAUGUCGCCGAGGGUUGUUCACAUCGGCUAUGCUGCCUGUUACGUGGCGCUCACUUGGUGUGAAAAAUGUCCGUCUGUGCAAACCUGCAGGUGUUCUUUCUCUAUGUAGAUAGAAGUAACGAUUGUAACAUCUGUGGUGAUAGCCGCACCUGUGGAACCUUCAGAUGGCUCAGGUCAGUGUUUGGUCCAUAAUAACGUCCUCGCUGAGUUUCAUCAGUUUCCUAUAGCGUAUGUGGCAGACAAAGAUCGCCAGCAGCACCUCGGUGGUCCCCCCUACGCCAGUGCAGUGGUCACAUAUUACCAUGGCUUGUGCCUGUGAGUGUAUGUGAAUUCGUAAACAUGUCCAAGGACAAUGAACUAUUUGGUGCGUGCCAGAUAAAUACAAGCAGAGCUGACAAAUUUGGAGGAAAUAAUUGACCACUCGUGUCAAGGCGCGGCAACUCGUGGUUCGCAGCAUUUUCUAUCCUGAGACAUUCGACCUGUGUUCACUUCUUACGAGGACUAGUUUCCCAUCGACAAAAUGCCUUUGUCAACGUUAUGCCGUCCUCGGUUAGUGACUUUGUACAUCCUGUGUGGAUUUAUGGUUUGGAUGAUGCCUCUGUGGAAAGGCUGGCUCGAUUCUUCACGUCACCUGCACCGGACGGAUUGGUUCAAGACUGAAUGGAAAGCAUGGCUCGCCAAUCUUAGCAUAUCGCUUUCUAAAUCUCCCCAAGUAUUCCGCAACCCUCCAAUUUCCUCUCAAUCUUUUUCGGAAGAGAGUGAACAUACCUGGAAGACCAUUCUUUUCUGGAACAAAUGGUUCGGCCAUGAAUGGUCAGCGAGGUUCGGCCCCACCACCCCAGAAGAGCUACGAAUACUUGGCUGUCCCAGCUGGAGAUGCAAAUUCUCCACAAAUCACAGGGACUUAUUCACAGCUGACGCAGUGGUCUUCGAAGCCAGCGGACUCCAAGGGUACCUGAAAAAUAUCCCUCGUCCCAACUUCCAGCGGUGGGUGUGGGUCGCUGUAGAGUCGCCCAUCUCAGACAUGGGGCGAACUUACAGCAACUCAGCUGGUAAAAUGAGUCCCUUCAUUAAUUGGACCAUGACGUACCACUCAGGGUCAGAUAUUAUGGCCUUCUAUGGACACUUCCUCUCCCGCGAUGCCACUGUCAGGCCACUUCGACCGAACCUGAUGUCUGAGCACAGUGCAGCCGUACAGAAAGUCCAAGCGGCGCUGGACCGCGGCGACACUCUGCAGGACGUGAUGGGCGACAGCUGGAGACAUUUCGUGGAGCGGCCCCGUGUGGUGGCCUUCAUGACCAGCCACUGUUUCACCUACUCAAGACGCGAGGACUACGUGGAUGAGCUCCAGAAAUACAUAAAGGUGGAUAGGUACGGCAGUUGCUUACAGAGAAAAUGUGGCAAUCGACAUCAACCCAUUACCUGUUGGGAGAAUAUACUGAGCAAAAACUACUCCUUCUAUAUGGCAAUGGAGAACUCACUGUGCAACGAAUACGUAACUGAAAAACUCUACUUCGCUCUCGUGUACAGGAUGGUACCAGUGGUGUGGGGAGGCAGUGAAUACGACAAAGUACUGCCGCCUCACUCAUACAUCAACGCGCGCCACUACCACCCCCGCGACCUGGCUGCCUUCCUACUGCGCCUUCGUCAGGACCCUGUAGCUUACGGCAGAUAUCACCUGUGGCGUGGAUACCUGAAGGCAGUGAUGGGAGGAAGCUUCUGCGAAAUGUGCCACCGCCUACAUACGGACACGGAGCCCAGCCGCCACAAGAACAUAGGCAAGUGGUUCGGGAAGAGUGGUAACUGUACCAGAGUUGCAAAGGGCAUGUUCGCGAGUGACGCCUGGAAAAAGUACAUCAACAGCACGACCACCGGCAGUAAUGGACCAGGACAGCAGGAUACCGCGAAUAGAGGAACUAAACAGCAAUAUAUCAAGGGUAAAGGAACCAGAGAAGGGGGCAGCGAGAGUAAAGGAACCAAGCAGAAUGAUAUCAAAAGUAAAGGAACCAGAGAAAAGGACAGCAAGAGUAAAGGAACCAAACAGAACGAUAUCAAAAGUAAAGGAACCAAAGAAAAGGACAGCAAGAGUAAAGGAACCAAACAGAAUGACACCACGAGUAAAGGAACCAGAAAGAAAGACAAAUCAGAUGACAGAUAGAUACACAGCUCAAGACAGGUAGAUAGGUAGAUAAAUAAAUGGAAAGACAGACACACAGAUACACAGACAAACACACACAGACAGACAAAUAGAUAGAUAGAUAAAUAAAAGGAAUGACAGAAAGAUUGAUAAGGAGUUCAGUGUUGUGUGUGCGCGAGUCUGUGUGAUUGGUUGGUGUCUUCAGGAUCAUGUACACAAUUCGCGGUGAUGAACCUUUCUGGGCGGCGCUGAGGACGCAGAAAGUGUGACGUAUAGGAGACAGUCAAUGUCCGGACCCCGUGCUGGAGGAGGACAUUUGGUGCUCGUGCCCGUGGAAAGCUGCCACUUGAGCGGAGAGCAAUCAGCUGUCACGGGAGGUAAAGACGUCAUCACUGAGCCAGCCAGCAGCGCGUGUCUCUUUCUUGUUAGUUUUUUUUUUUUUUUUUUCACGACAAAAAUAAAAAAUAAAAAUCGUA